CAGUGCCAGUGUUGAAGAGAGGAACACGCUACGAUGGUCCUUAUCAAAGAGUACCGUGUGGUUUUACCCUGUAGUGUUGAGGAGUAUCAAGUGGGACAGUUGUUCUCAGUGGCUGAAGCAAGUAAAAAUGAGACGGGUGGCGGUGAGGGCAUUGAAGUACUCAAGAAUGAGCCCUAUGAAAAAGAUGGUGAGAAAGGACAGUAUACACACAAAAUCUACCACCUGAAGAGUAAAGUCCCAGGGUUUGUCAAGAUGUUAGCCCCCGAAGGCUCCUUGGUAUUUCAUGAAAAAGCCUGGAACGCCUACCCUUACUGCAGAACCAUUGUGACGAAUGAGUAUAUGAAAGACAAUUUCUUCAUUAAGAUUGAGACGUGGCAUAAACCAGACCUUGGAACACAAGAAAAUGUGCACAAACUAGACAGUUCCACAUGGCAGGAUGUCACUGUUGUACCCAUUGACGUUGCAGACAGAAGUCAAGUGUCCUCUGCUGACUACAAGCCAGAUGAAGACCCCGCCAAAUUCAAGUCAGCGAAGACCGGCAGAGGACCCCUGGGGCCCAGUUGGAAGAAAGAGCUAGCGAGUAAGACUGACUGCCCAAGGAUGUGUGCCUACAAACUGGUCACAGUCAAGUUCAAGUGGUGGGGUCUGCAGACCAAAGUGGAAAACUUCAUCCAUGAGCAAGAAAAGAGGAUCUUCACUAACUUUCACCGUCAGCUUUUCUGUUGGAUUGAUAAGUGGGUGGAGCUGACUAUGGAUGACAUCCGACGGAUGGAGGCAGAGACGCAGAGGGAGCUGGAUGAGAUGCGUAAGAAGGGCUCUGUGCGUGGCACAAAGGCUGCAGAGGAGUAGCCAGGCCAGGUGUAGGUCUGAGUGUGGCUGUCUCCGCAAACGGGGUGAAGUACGAGGAACAAGUGCUGCAGACGAAUGAAAACGGGACACUGAUUUUUUUAAAACGACCACGAUGACAGCAGUGAUGGAGACCGCUAAGAGGGCUUCUUUGGUGCCACUUUUUACCUUAACU